AUGGCUAACUAUAACAAACUCCUAGCUCUACUAAAAGAGAAUAACUUCGACACACAGACCCUUGGCCCGUUACUUUUUGACCAUGUUCUUCCGCAACAUGUGUCGCCGGAAAAUGUCGACAUUGCCUUCGAUUUAAUCGUCGAAAACCAACGCGGCCUCAAACUCUGUGGAAUCCCCAUGUUCAGUCGAAACUCCCUCAUCCCAUUCAUCGACCCUCCUCUGUUUCAGCGCAUCGAUGGCCUGACGGUGUUACUUCCCCUCGACAAAAUUGAAAAUUACCCUCUUCCUGAUCUUGGAUGGGUGUGGAGCUGGCACAAAUGGUAUGUGUUGAUGUUGAACGAUGUUGACGAUCAGGGCUGGAUGUACCAACUGGUCUUUUUGCAACUUCAACUGAAAUGGCACGGUGCAUACUACUUCGGUGAUUUUGUGAGGAGGAGGUUGUGGGUCCGUAUGCGUCAGAGGGAAAAGGAUCCGGAGAAUUCUAGCAUGGGGUGCAAUGAGAGUAUGUGA